AUGAAGUCUCCAGUAAGAUCAGGUACCCAAACUCCAGCUUCGGGUCUUCGCCCAAUCCUUUCAAAAGUUCAUGUCGACGAUUUAGGUGUCACAUCCAUCCUUUCACAUAAAAAUAUAACCAUCAAUGUUGACCAUAUCGUUGAUGAUGAUGAAGCCAAAAUAUUGGCUCUUGGUUAUAAACAAGAAUUUAAGCGUGAGUUCUCCUUAUGGUCAGUCUUUGCCGUGUCAUUCUCAGUCUUGGGAUUACUUCCAAGUAUUGCAGCUUGUUUUGAUUAUCAACAAUUAGUAGUGGGUAUGUCACCCAUCCCUUGGCUUAUUGCCGUGGUAUUUGUCACUUCGGUCGCUUUGAGUCUUGCUGAAGUUGCAUCAGCUUUCCCAACUGCAAGUGGUACUCCAUAUGCUGUUUCUCAAUUAGCUCCUCCAAAAUAUCAAUCUUAUUUAACUUGGAUAACAUGUUGGUCAAAUUGGAUGUGUCAAAUCACCGCAUCUCCAUCGGUUAAUUGGUCAGGGGCAUGUAUGAUGCUUGCGCUUAGAUCAUUUAAUGAUCCUUCAUAUACUCCAACUAAUGCACAAAUUUAUGGUUUGACUACAGGUAUUCAAAUUGUUCAUGGUAUUAUUAGUUCUUUACCAACUGGUUGGUUAGCUUCUUUUAAUUCUGCUGGUACUAUUUGUAACAUUUUGUUUCUUUUCAUUGUUUUCAUUAUGAUUUUAGCAGGAAAUACAAGAACUGAAAUUAAUGAUAUUGAAGGAUUACUGAAAUUCAAUAGUAAUGCAAUUGCAUGGUCCCUUGAUAAUCAAACUGAUUGGCCAAUGGGUGUUUCUAUGCUUAUGUCAUUCCUUGGUGUUAUUUGGUCCAUGUCAGGUUAUGAUUCCCCAUUCCAUCUUUCUGAAGAAUGUUCCAAUGCUGCUGUUGCAGCACCAAGAGCUAUUGUCUUAACCAGUUCCGUUGGUGGUUUAAUUGGGUUUGUAUUCAUGGUUGCAAUUGCUUAUACUGUUGUUGAUAUUAAUUUAAUUGCUGAAGAUCCACAAGGAUUAGGACAACCAUUUGUUACAUAUUUGACACAAAUCAUGUCACAUAAAUUAGUGCUAGCCGCUAGUGCAUUAACUAUUAUUUCAUCAUUCUUUAUGGGUUGUUCAUGUAUGCUUGCAGCAUCAAGAGUUACAUUUGCAUAUUCUCGUGAUGGAAUGUUCCCAUUCUCAAAUAUUUGGAAGAAAGUUUUACCAAUGACUCAAACUCCAGUUAAUGCGGUUUGGAUUAAUUUAUUCUUGGGACAACUCUUUUUAUUAUUAAUGUUUGCUGGUGAUGUUGCCAUUGGAGCUAUUUUCUCGGUGGGUGGUAUUGCUGGAUUUGUUUCAUUUACUAUUCCAACCUUAUUAAAAAUCACAUAUAGUAGGAAAACCUUCCAACCAGGACCGUGGAAUUUAGGUAGAUGGUCUACUCCAAUUGGAUUUGUUUCUUGUGCAUUUGUUGCCCUUAUGAUUCCUAUUUUAUGUUUCCCAUACACCAAGGGAUCCGAUUUAAACCCAGAAGGAAUGAAUUGGACGGUAGUGGUAUUCUUUGGAACUCUUUUGGUUGUUUCUAUUUGGUUUGUAGUUGAUGCCAGGAAAUGGUAUGUUGGACCAAGAAGUAAUCUUGAUGAAAGUGAUGUUGCAUAUAGUGAAGAUAGUGAGAUUGAUGCAUUUGAUGGAAAUCUUGAUGGAAAGCUUGAACAACUUGCUAACGAACAAAAAAAUGAAGGUUGA